AUGGAGCAGAGAUCUGCAAAUGCCAUGGGGUACAAUAUACCUUUUAUCAUAGAGGCAGAAAACAAUACAGGAGCAGAUGAUGGCGAAACGAUUGAUAUCAAGGGACUAUUAGGUCAAAACCAACAAAUGAUGAACGAGAUUAUAGAGGCAACGGCUGGCUUAAUAAAGGCAAGGACCAAAAGAGCAACCCGCUAA